GACGGAAGGUCCCUGCGCAGCUCUCUCGAUGGCCUCCAUGGUAGACUAUCCACAGGGGGGCACGCGUAUAGCCUACUCCCAGACGUGUGCGGCGGCCGGCGUCAGCGAGGACUUCCUCCGCGCCAUGCCCAAGACCGACCUCCACGUCCACCUUGACGGAAGCCUCCGCGUGUCAACGCUCAUCGAGCUGGCUGCGGAGGCGGGCGUCUCGCUGCCGUCGACGUCGGAGGCGGAGCUGCGGAAGACGGUCUUCCGGCCGCAAUACGCCGACCUCAACGAGUACCUCGCCGGCUUCAUGUACACCACAGCGGUGAUGAAGACGGCCGCGGCGUGCGAGCGGGUCGCUUUUGAGUUUGCGGAGGACGAGUUCUCCGAGGGAGUGAGGUACUUUGAGGUGAGGUUUGCGCCGCAGCUGCUCUCGUCUCUCGACCCCAAGGAUGACUUCUCGAUCCGCGACGUGCUCCUGGCAGUGGACCGCGGGCUACGGAAGGCGCGCGACGAGUUCAACGCCUCCCUCAAGCAGGCGCAGAGCGCGACGCCUCCGACGCGCGUGGGCGAGCCGCCCUACGAGUACGGCAUCAUCUGCUCUGCAAUGCGCCUCUUCUUCCCAGGCAUGUCGCGCUUCUACGACGGCCUGCACGCGAUGCACCCCGACGAGCCGAAAGAGGCUCUGUCCAGCAUGGCGAGCGUGAUCAUGGUCCAGGCGGCGAUCAAGUCGCGCGACCUCGACGGCGUCCCCAUCGUCGGCGUCGACAUCGCCGGAGCUGAGCUCGACAAUGAGGCGAUGGUCCACACCAAGGCGUUUGCGCUCGCGCACGAGAACUUCCUCUGCAAGACGGUGCAUGCGGGCGAGGCGUUUGGUCCGGAGUCGAUUGCGCAGGCGGUGCAGUUCCUGCACGCGGAGCGGAUCGGCCAUGGCUUCCACCUCUUCUCGACCGAGAGGGAGCACUUCUCCCCCGCCUUCAACCAGCAGGACGACCGCGAGGAGGCGGCCGCCGCGUACGUCCGCCAGAUGGUCAAGUGGGUGGGCGACAAGCGGAUCACCAUGGAGGUCUGCCUCACCUCGAACCUCAACACCAUGCCGGGGCUCAAGCUCGAGGACCACGCUUUCCGCAGGAUGCUCGACGCAAAGGUGUCGGCGACGCUGGCCACCGACAACCGGCUCGUCUCCAACACCACGACGGUCAACGAGUUCGCCAUGGCGGUGUCCACCUUCGACAUGACCCUCGAGCAGCUGCGCGACGUGGUGUGCGCCGGCUUCAAGCGAUCGUUCUAUCCCGGAGAUUACAAUGAGCGCCGCGCCUACGUCAAGCAGGCGAUGGCAUACUUCGACCAGCUCGUCGCCACAAAUCUCAAGCCUCCGGCGCCAGCCGCGUGAAGCAGGCUGCGAGAGGCCGAGAGAGCAACAUGCGGUAUUGACCGUUGCGUGCAGUGCGUGACCGCGUCUCGGAUUUAGCACUAAUUUGCAAAAACGCCGUUUUUUGGUCC